AUGUUUUGUUGGCGCUGUUUGACUGUUUUGUGGGGGCCAUUUCUUUCGCCCAUUUCUGUGGUCGCGUUAAUAACGGCUAUCUGGCCUCUCUUCUUCUUCCUUCACACUUGUGUUGUUUUAUUGAGUUUUACCCGCUCUUUUGCCUUUUCCCCUCAUCAACCAGGGUCACAUCAAGAAAUUUUGGUCAAGCACCCUCUCCCCCUCCCCAUUGUUUUACGAUCCUGGAGAUGA